CGCACAGGGACUGGGGGCUUGAGGAAAGGAUGUGGAGCGAAGGCGCCUAGGAAGUGGAGAAAAAGCGCCCCUCAGGUUACCACCAAAGAACAUGAUUUUGGUCUAGAGGCUCCAGUUUCCGAAGCUGAAAAAUACCAGAAUACUCUCCAGCUAGAACAACAAGUGAGAACUCAAGAUAAAUUCAUCUCUACACUGAAAUUACAGAUUGAAGAUCUCAAGCAGAUAAAUCAUGCCUUGAAAGAAUAUGUUAGAAACCUCGUGAAUAGUAAGGAGGUGGUAAGCAAUCAAAUAGACAAUUUAACCAGCCACAAUGAGCAUCUUUGUAAAGAAUUGAUUAAAAUUGACCAACUAGCAAAGCAAUUGGAAAAACAGAAAAAUUUUGUGGUGGAUACUGCCGACAAGGAACUUGAAGAAGCCAAGAUUGAACUCAUUUGCCAGCAAAAUAAUAUAAUAGUAUUGGAAGAUACAAUAAAAAGACUUAGAUCUAUAAUUUUAGAGACUGAAAAAGCACAAAAUAAAUCUCCUUCCAGACUUGAUUCCUUUAUCAAGACCUUAGAAGCAGACAAAGAUCACUACAAGAGUGAAGCUCAAAACUUGAGAAAGAUGAUCAGAAAUAGAUCUAAAAGUCCAAGACGCCUGUCACCAUCUUCCCGGGCUACACACUGUGAUGUAGAGCUUUUGAAGACCACGCGAGACCGUGAAGAACUUAAGUGCAUGCUGGAAAAAUAUGAGCGUCAUUUGGCAGAAAUUCAGGGUAAUGUCAAGGUUCUCACAUCUGAGAGAGACAAGACCUUUCUUCUUUAUGAACAGGCGAAGGAAGAAAUUGCCCGGCUUCGCCGAGAAAUGAUGAAAAGCUGUAAGUCUCCUAAAUCAACAACUGCACAUGCCAUCCUCCGGCGGGUGGAGACUGAAAGAGAUGUAGCCUUCACUGAUUUACGAAGAAUGACCACAGAACGAGAUAGUCUGAGGGAAAGGCUAAAGAUUGCUCAAGAAACAGCGUUUAAUGAGAAAGCUCACUUGGAACAAAGGAUAGAGGAGCUGGAGUGUACAGUUCAUAAUCUUGAUGAUGAACGUAUGGAGCAAAUGUCAAAUAUGACUUUGAUGAAGGAGACCAUAACCACUGUGGAAAAAGAAAUGAAAUCACUAGCAAGAAAGGCAAUGGAUACUGAAAGUGAACUUGGCAGGCAAAAAGCAGAGAAUAAUUCUUUGAGAGUUUUAUAUGAAAAUACAGAAAAAGAUCUUUCUGAUACUCAGCGGCACCUUGCUAAGAAAAAAUAUGAGCUGCAACUUACUCAGGAGAAAAUUAUGUGCUUGGAUGAAAAAAUUGAUAAUUUUACAAGGCAAAGUAUUGCCCAACGAGAAGAAAUCAGCAUCCUUGGUGCAACCCUCAAUGAUCUGGUUAAAGAAAAGGAAUGCCUGCAAGCAUGCUUGGAUAAAAAGUCUGAGAAUAUUGCAUCCCUUGGAGAGAGUUUGGCAAUGAAAGAAAAGACCAUUUCAGGCAUGAAGAAUAUCAUUGCUGAGAUGGAACAGGCAUCAAGACAGUCUACUGAAGCGCUAAUUAUGUGUGAACAAGACAUUUCCAGGAUGCGCCGGCAGUUGGAUGAAACAAAUGAUGAACUGGCUCAAAUCGCCAGGGAAAGAGAUAUCUUGGCUCAUGAGAAUGACAAUCUCCAAGAACAGUUUUCCAAAGCUAAGCAAGAGAACCAGGCCCUGUCUAAACAAUUGAAUGAUACUCAUAAUGAACUUAAUGAUAUAAAACAGAAGGUCCAUGAUACUAAUUUGGAGGUUAACAAGCUGAAGAAUAUAUUAAAGUCUGAAGAAUCUGAGAACCGGCAACUAAUGGACCAACUCCAAAAAGCCAAUGAAGAUGCUGAAAAUUGGGAAAAUAAGGCUCGGCAAGCAGAGAUAGACAACAAUACCCUCAAAUUAGAACUUAUCACUGCUGAGGCAGAGGGGAACAGAUUAAAAGAAAAGGUAGAUGCCCUCAGUAGAGAGGUCGAGCAGCACUUGAAUGCAGAAAGGUCUUACAAGGCCCAGAUUUGUACGUUGCAUAAAUCUCUUGUGAAGAUGGAAGAGGAGCUUCAGAAGGUUCAGUUUGAAAAGGUGUCUGCCCUUGCAGACUUGUCUUCCACAAGGGAACUUUGUAUUAAACUUGACGCAAGCAAAGACCUUCUUAAUCAGCAGCUGAUUGCUAAAGAUCAAGAAAUUGAAAUGAUGGAGAAUGAGUUAGAUUCUGCUCGUUCUGAAAUAGAACUCCUCAGAAGUCAGAUGACAAAUGAGAGAAUCUCCAUGCAGAAUCUAGAAGCUUUGCUGGUGGCCAAUCGGGACAAAGAAUAUCAGUCUCAGAUAGCGCUUCAAGAAAAAGAAUCUGAAAUUCAGCUGCUUAAAGAACACCUGUGUUUGGCAGAAAAUAAAAUGGCCAUCCAGAGUAGAGACGUGGCCCAGUUCAGGAAUGUCGUCACACAACUGGAAGCUGAUUUAGACAUUACCAAAAGGCAGCUAGGUACCGAGCGCUUUGAAAGGGAAAGGGCUGUGCAAGAACUUCGCCGCCAGAAUUACUCAAGUAAUGCUUAUUAUUUGAAUUCUACGAUAAAGCCAAAUACAAAAUGUCAUUCACCGGAACGUGCUCACCACCGAUCUCCUGACCGAGGCCUGGAUCGAUCUCUAGAAGAGAAUCUUUGCUAUAGAGAUUUCUGACAUGCGAAAAGAUUCUUCACAUCCUUGGGAGAGGUCAAAAUGUCAAACUGAUUUUUUUUCUACUUGAUUGCAUUUAUUUUUUAAUCCUUGACAAUGUUAAAGGUAUAUAUUAACUUUGUGCCUCUGAAUAUCUGUUCUUAUGUGCCAUAUUGCAGAGAUCAGAGAUGACUUAUAAAAAUAAAAAUGCGUGUGGCUCUUUCUACCCAUACAGUAAUAGUGAGUGUAAAUCCACUUACUUCACUAUUGAACACUGUUAUGUUAACUAUCUGGAGUAAAUAAAGAAGCUUAUAACAAAGAGGGAAAAGUGUUUUUUACAAAA